GCCCACUCGCCCGCUCUGGCUCCGAGCCCGCCGGGUCAGGUCUCCUCGCUCCUCGGAGUUUUCGGGCGCUCGGCGCAGUUGUUUCUCAGGAAUGAGGAACCACUUCAGGGAGAGAUGGAGGUGAAGAGGGCCUUAAAGGGACUAAUCCAGUCCCUUCGGAUGAUGACAUAGAAGACCAAGAAAAGAAAAAGACUGGCCCAGGGUCACAGGAUAGUGACACCCUUGACCCAAGCACUUUCCACCAAAACAAUUGUGGGGAUAACACAAGAACAUUCAGAACAUUCCCUUUCUUCCAACAGUGGAAAAGAUACUGCUAAGAGGGCUGCUGACUUGUGAAGGAUUUUUGAAGAGGGUAGGAGUGAAGAGGAAGGGGCUGUCACACAUCUGCUCACACUCACACACGCGUACGUGCACUCAGUCUCACUCAGACACCCAGUGGUCCCAGUUCCAGCCUUCAGUGCUCUCCGGCGGGGCUGCCCUGGGGUUCUGGUUGUAGCCCUCCUGUCUGGCUGUCUCAUUUCUCCUCUCCCUCCUAAAGCCCAACUGCUGUCAUUUUGUGCCCUGCCAAGGAGGCGGGAACUGCAGUGACAGCAGGAGUGAGAGGCAGGACAGAGUCGUGGGGCAUGGAGAGGGAUGGAGAGAGAGACGCCGAGACCAGGUGACCAGGAGUCCCAGAGAGAGAGCUGAGAAGCAGGUUGAGGGGUGGGGAGAGCCUGGGGGAGAGGCGGGAAGAACCGAGCAACAGAAAGAGAAGGUUCGUGGGUCACAGAGCCACUCAGCCAUGCUGGGAACAAAGCGACACUGGCCGCCUGGUCCCUCACUCAGCCUGGGGUUGCCUUUGGCCCUCACACUUCUGGCCCUGAGGGCCGGGUGGGCCCAGGAGGGGUCAGAGCCAGUCCUCCUGGAAGGUGAGUGCCUGGUGGUCUGUGAGCCCGGCAGAGCUGCUGCAGGAGGGCCAGGGGGAGCAGCCCUGGGAGAGGCGCCCCCUGGAAGAGUGGCAUUUGCUGCAGUCCGCAGCCACCACCACGAGCCAGCAGGGGAGAUCGGCAAUGGCACAAGUGGAGCCAUCUACUUCGACCAGGUCCUGGUGAACGAGGGAGGUGGCUUUGACCGCACCUCUGGCUCCUUCGUGGCCCCUGUACGGGGUGUCUACAGCUUCCGGUUCCAUGUGGUGAAGGUGUACAACCGCCAAACUGUCCAGGUGAGCCUGAUGCUGAACACAUGGCCUGUCGUCUCGGCCUUUGCCAACGAUCCAGAUGUGACCCGGGAGGCAGCCACCAGCUCUGUGCUACUGCCCCUGGACCCUGGAGACCGGGAAACACCAGCCACAAUCCUGCCUCCCUCUCCCACGACCCCCAUCCAGUCACUCACAUCCAUCAGUUCCAUCCAUUGUUUCCCACCCAUCCUGGCUCAAACUACCGACCGACAUCGCAGAUAGAGUUCUAUGAAAGCAUCCUAACUGGCCCCUUGGCCUUUGGUGAGUCUGUUCUUCACACUGGGGUUGCCAUAGUGAUCUAGUUAAAAGAGCUUCACUGCCUUAAAGCCCUUUAGGGGAUUGUGGGGGAAGGGAGAGGGUCUAGGAUUAAAUCCAUAUUCCUUAAUGAGAUUUUUUUAGGUCCUUUGCAAUCCAGAUACUGCAAUCUCCUUUGAUUCAUUUUUCGCCAUUUACAGGAGUGUAGAAACUUACAAAAUAGCACCAUUUAUUAGCUGAGGGAAAAUGGCACCCCUUAUGUGUUGGGGGACAUGUAGCUGGCGUAUUAAAUUAAGAAUAUACAGAUUAUGACCUGCUAAGUGAGGAGGCACAACCCACCACAUGGGAUCAGCAAGUGACUCCCUCGGUUGCCCAGCUGGGGAAGUAAAGACCUGCAGUCGUUUUGAUUGAAGGUACAGUACAAUCCACAAAGGAAGUAAAAUUGAAAGACUUAUUACUUAGAGAUCCCAGAAACCAGGAGCAGGGAAAGGGAGGCAGUGAGCGAGGAGAAGGGCAGUGCUCUGACCCAGUUCACAUGUGAACAGGCUAGCAAGAGCGUAUUACGGAUAAGGUGAUUGGGGUGCAGGUCACUAACUUUAUACAGGUUCAACUCUAAAUGGUCGUUUUCAAAGGUGCCCCAGGAAAAGCAAGUGGUAAUUUGGGGCAGGAAUCCUAAAUUCAAGUCCUUAUCCAAAUGUCCAAACUCUGGGUCAUUAUACUGUAAAAUGCCUAAACAGCAACUCGAAAUAGCUUUUUUCUCAUUAUAGCUCAGAAAGCAAGGGCAUGACAUUCAAGUCAACAUUGAUCAGGGCCAAGAGAAUUGUUCUUGGACCCAACUGAAGUAGACCAACUCUGUUUUAGUUUAUAAAUUGUCUUAAUCUGGACCAGACUGAAAUGGAGAAAUCAAACCGAGAUGGAGAAAUCUUAAUAUACAUUAUACUAAUGUAUAUUAAUAGACUACAUUAACAAAAGAUGGAGAGGCCAUAGAUUAGUGGGGAGAAAGUAACUCUAGCAACAAAGUGAAUAUACUUGUGUGAGAAACAGUAAAUACGGUGGUGAAGUGGUGAGCACUGGAGCCUCUCAGUAGCUGCACAUGACCUUCAGCAAAUUAUUCAACCUCCCCUUGCCUUUUAUCUUCCUCUACAAAAUAGAAGAAACAUUGUAUCUAUCCCACAGGAUUGGAAAGCACAGACCAAGCAUCUAAUAUGUGUAAGUUACUGUUACCAUAGGAACUAAGAAACAAGUCAAAACUGAUGCAUGUCCCAAGUAUUCUUGGACAAUCUUUUUAAAGUGCGUAGGAUUUUUGUGUUGUUUUAUCAUAGCCAUUUACCUGUUAUAAUGCUUCU